CGGCCAGUCGGCGUUUAGUACGUUUAGCGAAAGGACUCGGAUUAUCUUGCCAAAAUGGGUGUGACGGUUAUUGAAGAAUUGCCAAAUAAUGGUUUUUUGAAGUUCAAACAUGACCAACUGUUUCAAGUGCGGAAACAGUUCAAUUUAGAAAAACCGGGAAGAGUGCAGGAAGCGAUAAAACUGCUAAGGGAAUGGGUGGAUAAGCAAGAUUAUUUCAACAAGAAAGAUUUUAGUGAUGCUUAUUUAGAAGUACUUCUAAUAACUACCAAAGGUUCCGUGGAACGAGCUAAAUCGCGAAUCGACAAGUUAUGUACGUACAGAACAAUCUGGCCCCAGUAUUUCACAGCCAUUGACAUCAACUCUUUCAAAGAAAAUUUUAAAACAUUUAAUAGUUUAAUUCUACCAGACGUGACAGAAGACUACACCAGAAUAAACAUAUUUAAAUUAAAUAGCAACGUUCCAUUGCAAGCUGAUCUAAUCUUAACUUACAUAAAGUUUUCUAUCAUUGUGUGCGAAUAUUGCAAGGUGCACGACUACCCCAGCGGUUUCAUCAUAGUCUUGGACUAUCAGGAUGUAAAUCUGUUGGAUUUGAUUGCCGUCCUUAGUCCUACACAAAUACAGCAAAUGGUUUCAUUGUAUAUGGAAGGAUACGGCAUGCGUAUUCGUGGCAUCCACCUGGUGACAACAUCAAAGGUGUCUGAUGCUCUGAUUAAGAUAAUGAAGCAAGUCUUAAGCAAGAAAAUUGGCGAUCGGAUUCAUGUACACAGAAAUUAUGACAGCCUUCAUGAUUUCAUUCCUAAGAAGAUCUUGCCGGCUGACCUUGGUGGUGAUGCUGCGCCUUUGAGUGAAAUGAUGGAGAAUUUCCUUGAAGAACUCAGUACAAAGGAGCAUAUGGAGUACAUGAGAGAUAUUCAGCAAUCUACGGUUGAUCUGAAGAAGAAACCAAAAGAUAGCACCAUUGAAGAAAUGGCAAUGACUGGUUCUUUUAGGACUUUGAGCGUUGAUUGAAUCAGAAUUUCAGAAGGUUUUGACGUUUUAUGUCAGAAAUGCAGAAUGUCACAUUAUUAGUAUGCCAGAUUAGAAGAAUGCCAGAUUAGCAAUAUGAUAUAAUUAGCAUAAUCAAAAUACGGAUAUAGAUUAAAUUAUAUACCAACACACACAAUAAAGGGUCACCGAAUUGAUGAUAGGACCUCCACAUAGAAUACAGGAUAGAUUCCUGUUCUUUAUAAUUAAACUUUGUAAAUAAAGGGUAUGAUAAAUGCCGUAUGAUAAUUUCACUUUAUGCAUGUAUAAGUUUGCUGAUUGCACCCAAGAAUAGGGAUGACGACUACAUAAAAAAAUGGCAUUCUGUUUAGUCCGUCCAAAAAUACUGAACAUAUUUUUCGCUUUUUCUAAUUAAUAAAAAAAUACUUGAUGCUGCAGGCUUGAUGUGACGUC